UCUGUGCUGAAUGCGUUGUGCUUGGGCAUGAGCGCUGUUGCUGGCCUGUCCCUCGCGGCGUGUGCUCUCUGCGGCACCAGGCGUGGCGUGGCAGCACCAUUCCCAGUGCACCCCUGCCUCUUCCCCCCUUCCAAAGUGGCCAUUGCCAUUCCCACCCACCCUAAUCCUCCUGCCACACCACAAUCCACACCCCUGCCGCACUCCUGCUGCUCACCCCUGCCUCAAUUCGCGCUGCUCUCCUCUGCCCCCCACCCCCCGGUGUGUGCUGUGCUCUCCGCUCCACCCCUCCCCACCCCCCAGGGGCGGGGGCUGGCAACUGACUACCAGCUGGCGAUGCUGCUGCAGGCGGAGGAGACGCAGCACCUGCGCAGCCGCGUGCUCCGCUCCUCCCACGCCCCUCGUGGCCCCGCCCGGCCAGCACCUCGCCAGCACACCCGCCCGGAUACACGGCAGGGCGUGGUGCAGGGCGCAGGGCAGGGCGAGGGGCAAGACGCGAGGCAGCAAGCAGGCGGGCACAGCGGACAGCACUCGGGCGAGCGCGCCUCCCUUGCGCCCUCUCGCCCCUCUGCUCCGUCUGCCCCCUCUGGCCCCUCUGCUCCGUCUGCCCCCUCUGGCCCCUCUGCUCCGUCUGCCCCCUCUGGCCCCUCUGCUCCGUCUGCCCCCUCUGGCCCCUCUGCUCCGUCUGCCCCCUCUGGCCCCUCUGCUCCCUCUGCUCCGUGCAUGCUUGCUGGGCAGUCGGACGGGGCUGCUCGCGCUGCCAGUGCGUUGGCAGGGAGGGGCGGGGGAGGGGGUGAGGAUGGUGACUUUGAGCAGAGGAGGGCAGAGCAGAGAAGAAUAGGGGAAGGGGGGAGGGAUAUGGCGGGGAGUGAGGAGGUGGGAACAGCAGGGGGUGAUUCUGCAUGGGCUGCUGGCGGUGGUGAUGCUGGUGUCAACAGUGGCACUGGCCGCAGCACUAGUGGCAGCACUGGUGGCGGCACUGCUGGUGGUAUUGCAGGAGCACGCAACCCCCCCGUGGCUGCAGUGCCACCUGCACCUGUGAGGCCACUGGAAGCUGCCCGUUUGGCUCGGCCCAGCAUGGCAGCACCUGCAGAACGCGCCACGUCAGCAUCAGCAGGCCGUGCCACGUCAGCACCGAGGAGCUACGGGCGGUGGUUGAGGAGAGAGGCGAUGGCAGAGACAGUGGCGGCAGCAGCAGCACUGCGAAGUCAGCAGCAGCGAGCAGGGGGAUUCGGGGCAGGUGGAGGUGGCACGGGCAUAAGUGCGUGGGAGAUGCAGCAGGAGGUGCAAGAGGCGGCUGAGUUCAGAGCGCUGCUGCGUGUCGAUGGCGUCCUGCCGAGACAAUCUGGUCGGCGCCUGCAGCCUUUGAGGGCGCAGUCUGCUGCAGCUGCACGAGAAGCUCCGGAACAACAACAAGCACCUGAUCAAGCACCUGAACAAGCACCUGAUCAGACACCUGAACAAGCACCUGAUCAAGCACCUGAAGAAAUACCAGGGCACGCACCUGAACAAACGCCCGAGGAGGGGAGACAUCAUGUUCCAGUUGCGGGGGCAGCUGCAACGAUAAACGGAGGUGUGGCAACAGACGGAGGGGAGGCACACUGGGGGGCGGGGGUGAGAGAGGAAGAGGAAGAAGAAGAGGAGGAAGAGGAGGAGGAGGAGGAGGAGGAGGAUGAGGAAGUGGAUGAGGAGAUCGAAAUGGUGGAGCUUGAUGGCUCAAGGCUGGACCUGGGGUUGCUGGAAAGUGGCACAGACGAGGAAGUUUAUAUGGAGGAUAUGGAUGGGGAGCAUGAAGGGCAUGAGGGGCAUGAGGGCCAUGAGGUGGAUGACGAUGCGCUGAACGAGGUGGACGAGGCAUUUGAGUUUGAUGUGGCCGUGGGGGGGGACGAUGCACCCCGCCUGGAUCACAUGCCACCUCCUGGGGGCGUGCCUGGCGGCGAGGGCGCACUGCCUGUGGGGGAGCAUGGGUGGCAUGUAGGGCAAGAGGGGGUGCAGCGUAGGGGUGGGGUGCCGUGGUUCCCUGGGAGGCUUGUGGAGGAGGCGGAGCAGUGGCAGGCGCGCGUGGCACGGCGCUGGGGACAAGCAGGGGGCGCGGCUGGGGCUGACGAGCAGUCAAUGGGGGUUGGUGAAGAUAGAGGGGGAGGAGAGGGCGCUGGGGUGCUGGGGAUGGGGGCUGUGAGUCUGGGGGUGUGGCACGAGGCAGCAGAGGCAGCAGAAGCAGCAGAGGCAGCAGAGGCAGAGGCAGGCAUGCUCUCUCCACUGCCAGAGCAUGCUGCUGCUGCCCCUGCCUCGCCCUCCCUUCGCAACCUCCCCUCCUCCCCGGCCUCUCCCUCCCUCGGCAACCUCCCUUCCUCCCCUGCCUCUCCCUCCUUCCGCAACUUCCCCUCCCCUCCACACUCGCCCCCCACGCACGGCCCGCUGCAGCAUGGGAGGGCCGGGCUGCAUGCAGCACCCCACACUCAUGCCGUGGGCGCCGGCGGGCGCGAGAGGAGGCACGGCGAGGGGGGUGCCAUGGAUGCUGCUGGUGGUGCUGGUGGUGGUGGAGGGGGGGCCACAGGUGCCAGCAGUGCAUUCUCCUUCGGCACGCCUGCUGAGUCCACCGCCUCUGUGCGCAUGUGCAGGAGGGGGUUUGUGCGUGCAUCUCAACUGCACGCCACCCCGGCCCUCACCACACGCCAUUCCUCUCCACCUCCUCCCGCUGCUGCUCCUCCUGCUCCUCCCCCUGCUGAUUCCCCUUCGACUGCUCGAGCUCAGCCUCACCCCCCUGGUCGGCCUGCCACCACGGCCUCGCCCCACGCGGCGCUGCCACUGCCGACGGACUCCCCCUGGGCGCUGGGCAUGCGCGCCCGUGUGGGCGAGGGGCGCCUGCCCGCCCGCACACGUGCCAGAGUGCCACUGCGCCCCUCAUCGCGCUCGGCUGCCAUGACAGCAGGCGGCGAUUCAGGCGGCAACUCGGGCAGUGUGGGAAGCACCACGCCUGCCGCCCUUGCCCCUGCCGCCAUCCUGCCUGCCUCCACAGUGACGCCCCCCCCUGCUGCCACUCUGCUCUCACCCCAUGCUAUCACACCGCAUACCAUCACACUGCCCAUGGUUCCUGGCGAGGCCGAAGCAGCAGGGGGGGGUGGCUUGGGGCAGCGUUGGGAGCAGGGAGCGCGAGUGGCUGCCCUUCACACGGCGGCGCUGCAGCACGGUGGGGGGGGUGGAGCACCCUUUGCAGCAGCAGGCGCGGCAGGAGGCGCAGCAGAAGCAGCGCUUGCAGCAGAUGGAGCAGCAGUUGCUGGCAGUGCGGUAGGAGUAGGUGAAGAGGGGCUGAGAGGUGAAGGGGGGUUAAGAGGCGAAGGGGGGGUGGAGCAAGAUGUGUUUCGAGAGGAUGAGAGGGCCACACACAGGGGGGAUGUGGAGGGCAUGCGUGGCAGGGCGGAGGAGGGAGGCGCUCGCACUGGAGAUGAGGCUUAUGGGGGGAAUGGGGGCCGAGGGGAUGGGGGGGGCAGGGUGGGUGGCAGGGUGAGCGGCAGUGGGGGGCCGAGAGCGGAGGGUGGGGGGGGCAGUGCGGAGAUGGCGGAAUCAGAUGGCAGCAGCGCUCCCCCCGUGCGUACCGGGUCUCGGGCACCCCACGGCAGGUCCCGGCACGGACGGCCAUGGCGGGGCGAGGCACGGCACGGGGGAGCAGCGCAAGGCAGGGAGGAGGGUGCAGCGAUGCUGAGGAGGAUGCUGAGGGAGAGCAGGGCGCGUAGCGGCAGGGCGAGUGGAGAGUGGCGGGAAGCAGCGGCCGGCAGCAGUGAUGCAGUGACGGGUGGCAGGCGACUGGUGGGUGGGGCUGGUGGUGGCGAGCGUGGGUGGGGAGUGGGAGGGGAGGGCCGUGGGCAUGAGACGGAUGAGCAGGGCAGGCCUGGUGCUGUGGGGAGUGGCGGGGACGGGCAGGGGAGAGAGUGCACUGCUGCACUGCCCUCCCACCCCGUGCCUCCCCUGCUGUCGCGCGCCCCGCCUUCUGAUGCCCUGCCCCCCAUGGGUGCUCAGCCCCUGCUGCUGCCGUCCUUUGCCGCCCACCACAGAGUGCCGCGUGCCUGGCGCCCUGCUGGCACUGGCAGGUAUGGUGGCACGGGCGCCGGCGGCGAGGGUGGCCGGGGGAAUGGCGAGGAGGGAGGGGAGAGCGGAGAGGGUGGGGAGACUGGGUUCUUGUUUCAAACGGGGCGUCGGUUUGAAAGGGAGGGUGCCGCACCAGGUACCGCUGCUGGAGUUGCUGAUGGUGCUGGGAUGCGUGGGGAGGCAGGUGAGGGAAUGAACAGAAGCGAGGGAAUCACGAAUGCCAAUGCUGUAGCCUCUGGUGCAGCCCAUGUUGUGAGUCGACCUCCUCACUAUGCUGUCCCAGCCGCCAUGGGCCAUGCCACAGCGACAGACGCCCAUGCCAUGCCACCCCAUGCCCCCCCUGCUGCAGCACCACCCCAUGCCCCCCCUGCUGCAGCAGCACCACAUGACCCCUCCCCCUCAGCCCCGCCUGCCACGACCGACCUGCCUCUCGCCCCGCACUGGAGCCCCCUCCUCCUGCCCUCUGCGCUCUCCCCCCCCGUGCCUCCUCAGGCAGGCUGGCAGGUGCCGCGCAGCAGGGCGUUGGGGGGUAGACAGGGGGGGGAGUCAGGGGGGCUGGACGCGUGGAGGGAGCGGAGGAGGGGCAUGGGCAUGGGCAUGGGCGCGGGGGAUGGGGGCGAGCGGAGGAGGUGGCGCGAGUGGGCGAGUGUGCGGGGGAUGGGUGGAACAGGCACGGCAGGGGCUGCAGACGAGUCCAGUGGGGAGGUGGCAGGAGGGGCGGAGGAGAUGGGGGCUGCAUGGGUGGGGGUUGCAAGGCCAAUGGGAGGGCAGGGGCCAGUGGGAGGGGAGGGUGAGGGGAGACAAGGCGAGUCAGCUGAGCAAGCGGUUGAGUGGGAAGCGGUUGAGUGGGAAGCGGUGCGACCGGUGGGUUCCUUGGAUGAGCCGAUGAGUGAGGCAGCAAGAGCAGCAGCUGAAGGAGACACAGCAAACGCAGCAGACACAGCGGGUGCAGGAAAUGCAGCAGAUGCAGCAGAUGUCCACCCUGCCCUGGCCUCUGCUGCGCUCUCUGCCACUCACCGCUCCGCAGCAGCAGCAGCAGCAUCAGCAGCAGCGGCAGCGGCAGCCAGCGAUACAACAGUAGGUGUAGCCAUCACGGAAGGAGCAGCAGCAACAGCAGCAGGAGGCAGCACAGCAGCAGCACGUGGAGUGGCACAGGAGGAGGCGAGGGAGAGGCGGCGGCGGCUGCAGCGGCUGGUGGAGGAGCGCGUUCGGGUGGCCCGCCACGUUGUGGAGGCUCGGGCACACGCCGCCCAGCAGCUCGUGGAGGCUCGGGCGCAGCAGGAACGGGAAGCGGUGGAUCGGCGGGCACGGGAGGCUCGGGAAGCUCUGGAGCGGCGGCUGAGGGAGGCUCGGGAGGCGGUGGAGCGGCGAGCAAGGCAGGCGGUGGAGAGGGUGGUUGGGGAAACAGGGCUUGAGCCCGGGGCAUCUGAAGGCGGUCGUGGGGCUGCUAAUAACGAGGACAGGGAAGAGGACGGUGGCUCUGCGCUGGCGAGUGUUGUGGCGGCUGUGGGGGACGCUGUGAGGGAGGCUGCAGCUGCUGAAGGUGCAGGUGGGGCGCGGAGAGGGGCGUGGGUGGAGGCGGGGAGAGGGGAGACGGUGGAGGAGAGGCGGGCGCGGCUGCAGCAGCGGUUCUCAGCGCUCACCCGCCUCAUGCUGCGCGACCACGCUGCCACCCGCCACGUGCUCCGUGCCCCUGCUGGGGGGAACGAGCCUGCUGCUGCGGAUGAUGCCGGGGAUGAUGUGCGAGCAGCGGGGUCAGCUGCUGCUGCUCAUGGCGAUGGUGAUGCCGCUGCUGCUGCUCGUGCGGAGGUUGGAGUGGGAGGGGAGGGUGCGGCCAGCAGGAGGGGAGGGGAGGCGGAGAGGAGGCGGCAAGUGAUGGGGGCGUGGAGGCGGGACAGGGCGGGCAGCUCCUUCCGCUCUGCUGCUGAAAUGAUCUCCCACACCCCUCUCCCCCCUCACGCACAUCCACGUAUUGUGAGAGGCCCUUCCCCAUGCAUCGCGUAUUAUGCUGCCACGCUGUUCAUUACCCCAUGGCCUUCCUUCUUCUCCAAACACCAUACCUCGUUGCUUCACAUGUUCCCUUCUCCCCCUCACUUCCCUGGCCUUUUUGUCUUCUGCCCGCCUGCUCACUCAUCAGUCCGCCCUUCUCUGUGCACACAUCCCUCCUCCCCCCCCCCCCAUCAGCGCCUGGCGGUGUGGCAGGCGUUGGAGGCGGGCAUGGGGGGGGUGGACGCCGCCUUCCAUCGCAUCGCCCCCUUCCCCCGCCCGCCCCUCGCGCGCAACUUCCCCCUCGCCUUCCGCCUCGCCGCCAUCGACCGCGACUUCAAUGAGUGUGUCCCUGCCCCGCCCCCCCUCCCCAUCCCCAUGCGCUCUGCUGUGCUUUUGCUCUGGCUGAGCCUCCUGGAGCCCAGGUCGGACUACGAGAUGCUGCUGGCGCUGGAUGACAUCUCUGCGCCCGUCGUGCGACCCGGCGCCACCCCCGACGAUAUCAGCCGCCUGCCCACCGCCCUCGUCACGGCACAGGACAGCGAUCUGGACCCGUGUGCCAUCUGCAUUGAGGUGCCCUCACCACCUGAAGUCAUCCGCCGCCUGCCCUGCACCCACACCUUCCACCGCGAUCAGGCCUUUCCUCCGCCACCCUUUCUCCUUACUUUGGUUGCCGCCCCUCCCUACUCCCGGCAGUGCAUUGACGAGUGGUUGAGGCGCCGCGCAGUGUGCCCCAUCUGCAAGCGAGACAUGCGGGGCACGGAGCAGUGA